AACUUAAGUGUUUAUUUUGGGACUUUUACCUUUUUUAAAAAUGACGUCGUCCUCUAGUGGCAGAGACGGAGUCCUGCAGCAAGUUGACCGUUUCUGGUCCAUGUUGGACGACCUGUGUGAAAACGACCCUGCAGCUUACAGCGAGUUCAUCCACAGGAACAUGGAGGAAGCAGCAGGAGGCAAAGCCCCAGAGCUCGUCUGCUGUCUGAGCACACGCAUACUGGAACCAAACAGAGGAUUGUUGUACAUCAACAUCUGCAACUGGAAACGUGUUCCUGCCCCUCAGGAUCACAGUCAGCCUUUACCUUUGUACGCCGGGAAACUAGAAACUCACACAAACCACAGUCAAGGCUCGUACGCCAUCUUGGACGUAGCCUUCAACCCUGCAGUGUUAGAGGAAAACAAGGAAGACAGAACAGGAUUAUACACACUGGCUGUGAAGUUUGUCCAGCAGCAGCAGCAGGACCAGGAAGACGGGCUGAGAUUAUCUGACCACUUCACUGUCGUCAGCUCUAGUCCCAACGGCAGCCGAGACGAUUUACAGCGACGCCUUCUCAGCGGGUUUCAGCAGAGGUCGAACACCUCCAAACAACUCAACACAGACAGUGAAAGCCCGGCUGACCUCCUGCGGCAGAUCUCCUCUCUGCGCUCAGAGAAACAGGGAAACGAGGAGGAGCUGGCAGCGCAAAUGAUCAGCAAACCCGCCGAGCAGCAGAAGAAGGAUUUCAUCCAGGUCAUCUCCAGCACGUUCGUGCCGCCUCAGAAGCCGCAGCACCAGCUCCAGCUGAACACCGACACAGCGGGCGCUCCGCACAGCGUGGAGCUGACGGUGGAGCUGCCAAAGGUUUGCUCCAUGUCAGAGUGCCAGCUGAGAAUCUCCAAGGACGACGUCGUGCUGGAAGUGGAGGACGUUUACUAUUUGCUUCUGGAGUUUCCGAAAACUGUGAACGAGGACACGGCCUCGGCCGUCUUCAACAAGAGGAAGCGACGGCUCGUACUGAAAGUGGACGUGUUGUGACCCGGCUGAUCCCGAAGGAGCUGAGAAAACUGGGAAGUUCGGUGUAACACUUUCUUUAAAACGUUUUAUGUUCAAACAGACGGAUGAAAAAGAAAAAUGCCACAGUUACAUAUUUAAAUCUCUACUAUGUAAUUAAAUAAUAAAAGAAAUGCUUGCUACAUUCAAA